AUGGAUCAAGCUACAUCCAGCCAAAUCCAGGACCUUCCUCCUACCAAGGAGUCGUUGGCUCCAACUUCGGAGAAAACCUCCGUUUUCACUCGCAUUAAGCAACACCUCCACAACGUGAAGAAGACAUGGGGCCCUCUCCUCGCCGCAAGGGAGGACUGGCAGGAUGAAUACAACUUUAAUCCCGGUCGAUGGGCGGGGCAGGGCUGGGAACCGUCGCCUCGAAAAUGGUAUGCCAUACAUAUUCCGGCACCUGCGACGAUUGAUUAAUUUAACGCAGCGUAUACCCUCACAUUGACAAAAUGGGCGUUUCUUCAUAUACGGAUGGGGGGGGGGGGGGUACUUUU